GGAUGCAAUGGGGUCUGUCGGAAAAAAAUGGAAUCAUCACAUCAAUUGGUGAUGCUGAUUCUCCUGCCAGUCGUGCGGGGUUGCCUCUGCGCUAUGGUAUAGUGACUGUGAACAACCAGGAGGUGCUAGGCGAAGAUGCGGCUCAACUAUUUGCGGUCACGUAUGGCAUUGCAUAA